AUGGAAAUAGUAAAGGAAGCUUCCUCCGAGUCCUCGCUACAGAUAUCGAAUCUCUCUGUAUCAGGCGGGAACGGGUUCCUGUCCCACCGUCCUAUGAGUGCAGGUAUCGACAGCAUCGUACAGGGCUUCAAAUUUGCCGCUACAAGCAGAAAACCCCCUGUAGCAGCAGCUGUGGAGACGGGCAAUCAAGUGAAUGGGAAUGGCAAAACUAGGGAGAGGAUGGGGAAUAAUGACGCCCUUCAGAGUAGAGUAGACUGUGCUGUUGGUAGGCAAGACAAGGAUGGGAUGGAAGCAAUGAAAAUUCAAGUCCCAAUAUUUUCUGCUGCUACUACUGUCCCUUCUCUACUUCAUAAUCCCUUGAACCCACAAGUGGUACUGCCCCCCGAGGCUUCCGCACCGCGCGAGAAGAUGCUACCGCCAUCCCAAUCUAUACGCCCGAUCGAAAGAGGGCGAAAGACUAUGCCUCUACAGGGGUCAGUUAAAGAGAAACGGAAACGCACGCAAAGUUCUAGUUCUUUUAGGUCUGAUUCAGAGCAUGAUCAAUCCGAUCAGGGGAGACUGCUGCCUCGAGAAGAUGGACAACGAGGGUAUCUGGCAGCAUCUGGAGGGAAAGACCCCGGAGCGAGAGGAAAACCCAUUAGAGCCAAUGAAGGAAAGGUUACUGAAGCCAGCUCAAGUGAUGAUAGAAGACCUAGAAAAAGACAUGAAAGAUCAGCUGGAAUUUCCAGACCUCAAAACGAGUCCCCUGCUAAUCAAUCCUCAAAUGGAAAUGAAAGAUCAGCUGGAAUUUCCAGACCUCAAAACGAGUCCCCUGCUAAUCAAUCCUCAAAUGGAAACAAAAGUCCUGAAGUUAUUAUUUUGGACGAUGACAUUAAACCUGAGCCAACCGAAGUUGAAGUCUUAAUACCUGAUCAUCGGGGCAGAGAUUCAAAUAAUAGUCAUAAUCCGGGGUUGCCUGAAUCAGUAUAUAAUCAUGAAAAACAUCGGCGAGACAAAAACACCCUAGAGUACAUGGACCAACCGCUAAAGCAGCAUAUGCCUCUUCCGAAAGGCAUUAAUCGAUACCAUGGUACUAUACGGGAUUUACCAGAUGGGAUGAUAAGCUCUUCAGAAACGCAUGCAAGUGCCAGAUCAGGUCGAAUUAAUGGGCACUCCUCCACGAGUAGCAGACUCAGCGUGGGAAGCAAUGGAGUACCGAAGAACGGAAGGAUGCCUAUAGAAUCUCGUCAUAUUCCCGAGAAUUCCUCGCAGCAGCUCAACUAUAAAACACACUUGCAUUCGCACACACCUGUCUCUUGUGAAGAGCCGGGUCAAAGCAGUAGUGGUGAACACAAAUUAUUGGUGGCCUUAACAGCACUAACCACCGAGAAGCAGUCUCUAGAACACAGAUUGCGUGAAACAAUGUCGUCUCUCAGCACACAGGUCCUGUGCACAGAAGCCGCAGAGAAGAAGAAUGCCGAACUUGAAAUCCAUGUUGCGACUUACAGAGAUACAGUAUCAGGACUAAAAAAGAGAAUGCUAGGGGUCCAAAAGUUCGUGGAUGGGCUAGGCAAUGAUUACAAUAUGUUAAAUGAGAAGAAAACACAAUUGAGCAAAAGUAUCAAUCAGCUGUCUUGGGAUAGGGACGAGUUGCGGAAAAACUUCAAAGAAGUAAGAGAUCUCACAGAAAAGGCCGGGGUGAAAAUUCAAGAAUGGGGGGAUUCUGGUGCUGUCUUGAAAGAGUCACAGAAAGAGAUUGGGAGACUUCAAGAAACUUUAAAAUUUCUUCAUAAUCAACUGUCAGAAAAUGCAGGCUUAUUGGCUGCUGAAAGGGAUCGUACACAAAGUCUUGAAUGCCAGAUUCAGGAGGACAGAGAAAGGAACAAACUUAUUCUAAAAGCGAUUCAGGACGGGAAGGUGGAGGUAAUUGAGCAACUUGCAGAGCUCAGGGGAACACUUGAAGGGAAGGACGAGCCUGAACUAAUGGAAAGACUGGUUAAGGCCCAAAAUAUUAUGGAGACGAGAUUAGAGGAGGGUGGCGAGGCUACCAGGAACUUGAUCCAUAGUUGUUCCAGAUCUAUCGAGAAGUUGGGGGAUCGGGAUGUAGAUGCUACAGAACUUUUACUUAGUGUGGAGAAAAGAGUUAGUAACGCAUCGGUCAGUAUGAUGGAUCUUUUUCACGAAACACAUAAGAUGAAUGCAGAAGCCCUUUCAUACUCGGAUGGGUAUAUAAGCUAUCUAAAUUCCAGGAUCACAAAUCUGGAAGCAGAACUCAAGGGAAUGCAUGAAAAAUAUGAGGUUUCAUUGGUUGAAUCUGCCGAGAAGAGGCAUAUCACAAAAGAAUAUGAGCUGAGGUUAAAAGAUGCUUUCAAGAAGUGCGAUGAUAUGAGUACUCAAGUCCAGAGAGGCAAUACAGUUGAAAAGACUUUGAAUGAAAUCAUUUCCACAUUAAAGAAGAACAUUGGUAUCCUAGAAGCUCGAACCGCAGAAGAUCCUUCUAUGGUCGCAACGAUCAAUAUGUUGAAGCAAAAGAACUCCAAUCUAGAAAAAGAGUUUAGCAUAACAAGAGAUACCCUUCAGGAUACAAUACUCGCGUCACAGACAAAGGAUGGAGAGAUUGAAACUUUGCGAUAUGAACUAGAGACACUCAACUUGAGGUACAAAGAAGCAGAAAAAAAGAUUGAGGGUUUCGUUGAAGAAAAGGCCGGGUUCAUGGCACUCGCCGAGGAACAAAAGAUGAAAGAACGUAUCGAGGUAGAGACAAAUGCAAAUAUGUUUCGGCAACGGGAAACCUCGCGGCUACAUAAUCAGAUAAAAUCGCUCGAAGCACAAAAGAUGAAGUUAGAGGCUGACAAUAAGGAAUUUAAGACCAUGCUAGCUGGGAGAGCAAACGUCGAAGUUGAACUUAGAAACGAGAUAGAAAAGUUAAAUAAACAAAAUGCGGACAUUGAGGCUUCCCACGCUGGGCUCCUACAGGAAAAGAUCCGCCUGGAGAAUGCGGUUAGUUAUUUAACACAACUCAGAGAAACGUCUAAUACGAGCCAUCGUGCGCUUGAGAGAAUCGUUGGAACCACAGCGGAUGAACUUUCAAAGGCCUUAGAAAAAAUAAAUAUUCUCCAGAGCGAUAAAGAGCUAGUCACUGAAGAAAUAAUCCUUAAAGAACAGGAAUUAGAACGCGCAAAAUCCGACAGAUCUGAGAUCUUAACAACUACUCGAGAUAUAAUCGCUCUUCGUAUUAUCGAAAGAAACCUGAGAGCAGCUCUGGAAGAAUCAGAAAAAGAGAAUCAGGUGAGUAGGAUGGAGAAGGAAAGUGCAAUAAAUGCUUUGGAGGCAAGAACAAAAGCACUAGAUAAGGCUUUAAAAGAGCUUAGGGACUCUAGAGGGAAAUCAAAGUCGGUUUUUAGUCAACAAGAGCAAGAUAACUCUCCAAACAAACAAACUAGAAAGUUGGAGGGAUAUUCUGGAGGGGCUGUCAAUGAACAUACUGGAGUGUUUAAGAAAGCUUCCCCUACAACGGAAAUAUCUCUUCAUACACCGGAUUUCAAUGCGAAGAAACAAAACCCUUACGCACGCGUAGCUAGCGAAAUCAUGGAGUCCCCUUUUGCAAAUAGUUCAUCACUUUCCCCAUUAACAUCACCUGAGCCUAUUCCCGAAACGCAGAUCGAUCAUCGGACAUGGAGCGAUUCUCCUAAGGUCGAGAUGCCAAAGGGCUCGCAAAACCUAGACAUUUGGGAUAACCAGGCCACAAAACUUGAUUUACAGCACAUGCCAUCAAACAGAAUGCUGCAUGAUGAAAGCAACGAUGUUAUCAUGAGCGAGGGGUCCCCUGGUGAUCGCGUCAAUACAGUGGAUAUUCCGCCUUUAAGAAGCACCUGUCCUGAAAAAAGAACUCUUACACCCUUCACUCCAAGACCUCAAAUGCUUGACGUUCUUGAGAAUGAGGCGGAGAAACAUACUCCAUCUACCCCAAACAGGCCGAAAACACCCUUAAGGUAUCGCAAUACUCGAGGGACUACAAACGAUACCAAGAAACUCCAAAACCGCCCUCGAAAAGACCGCGGGAAGAAAAAUAAAGAUGACCAGGAAUGGUCGGAGGAUGAAGCUGAGCCGUUGAGGAAUAGUAAGGUGAAAGAGGAACCCCCGAACAUGAAGAAGAACUUAAGGAGCUUUAAAGAUAAGAAGAAAGGAGGUAAAAGGAAUUUGUAG